CUUUCGGGUAUUUACUGUGAACUGAGGAAAAACCCCACCACUAAAUAAAGAAUUAACAUAUAAUCUUCGUAUUUCGCUCUUGUUGUCAAUUCCUUCCGAGACUUGUUCACGCAAGGAAUUUUUCAAGAUGAGCGAUCAUAUGUCUGAACUCGAGACCCUUGUUACCGCCUGGGCAUGGGGAAAUCACAUCAAGCCGUAUUACGAAACAAAAUACAGCUUCGGAGAUUUUGAGUUCCAGGUAGAUUUAGAAAAGGUGGACUUUCUCUGCGAGAAACCCACAUUUAAGUACAGGAAGAGUCCAAUGUUAGACCCAAAGGUAGUGUUUAAGUCUCGGUACAAAAACGACACUGACGAAGCUCAAGAAAUGACCAUCCGCGUCCAGCGUACGACAUCGGCAACGGCAAGAAUCAGAGUUAAGAAUGGCUUCACAGCCGACAACGGAGUUGGCAUCAAGCUCCGCGCACCCCCGGAAGUAGACAGUGCGUUCGGCGGAUACCUGCCUAUCAAGACGGAGGAGACGAGUGACCUCUGUCACAGCAUGACCUGGAAGUACAAUUCCAAGAUCACAGCCGCUCCUCGGAAGACAACAGUGGCCAAGUUCGAGGUCAACGAGGAGAGAUUGGUCUGUGACUUCUCCACGUACGUAAGCCUGAAGGGGAAGGCCAAGGUGACGGUUGUUCACAAGAGCUCAGGCACAACAAUUGAAACCAUCAAGGAAAGCAUCAGAACAAUCAUCGAUGAAUAUCUACCGAGAGCAACUCAGUAUUCCCGACAAGAGAACCUAAUUUUCAUUGGCGCUCAGGAAGCAAGAUGGCCGUUUCGAGGUGACAUAACCUUCAACUAUGGAAUAUCCCAAAACGAGGUUGUUGAGUGAAUUUCUUGGUUAACAGACUCACCUGCAUACUUUGGCUGUACAGCAUUUUGUGUUUAAUGUAACAUUCCAUAAUAAAAAAAACCUCGGAUUUUAAAAUGGUAUCCUGAACCGAGGAUAACAAGGCUUGAACUUAAUUCAAAGCAGGCUGCAAGAUUACGUGGAACUGAAUUGUUUGAUAGACAUUACACAGAAGUUGACGGAUGACGAAGUAGAAACAAAUUAUGGAUGACAACUUCAAGGACUGUUUACACACUUUGUUAAUGACUGUGAUGUUUAUUGCGUCUGUUUAUUUAUUUUACUAAAUACGGUAUUCUUGUGUUAACUCCUUACUCGUGUUGUAUGUUAUCAUGUAUAUAAAUGAGGUUAAAA